AUUAAAAGUGUUACACCAUAAAAUUUCAAUACAAACAUACACUCGCACACAAAAUAAAAAAAAAACAUAAGGUCAGGUCAUAAUUGAUAGGCGCCACAGCCAAAAAAAACACUAAGUAAUAAAUAAAAUUCGCAGUGAUAAAUAGCAAUCCUACCCUUUGUGUGAGUGAGUGCAUAAAAUAGACAACAAAAGAUCAAGAAAAAAAACAAGCAUCCAAAAUGACGAAGAAUAAAAAUCAAAAAAAAAAGGCGACCGCUGCGAAAAAAAAUAACAAUAACAAUGGGGCCGAUACUGCGAUCGAUUUGCUAACACCUCCGGCAACGCCGCCGGCCAACAGCGGUGUCAAAGCCCCUGGCACCUACGCCAAUGGGACUCCACGGAAACCGCCCGUGCCAUGGGAGCGCGAGUUUAUUGGAACGUUUCUCCUGGAGAUGGCCGGGCGCCAGGUGAUCAGCGCUCAGACCGAGUGGUAUGUGGACAAGAUCAAGAUGCGCCAUAUGUUCGAAGCCCACCUCGGAUGUCUGCACAAUAGCAGCGAGGUGCGGCUGAAGCUCUCCAUCCAAGGAGCCUGGAAUAUUGGAUCUUUGCUGCAUAGGACAAAUUUUCUGAUCAACACUCCGCGUGGAAAUAAUAACUAUCGCAUUAAGAGCUUCGCCUUAAUGGAUUUUCGCAAGGAGAAGUUCAAUUUGCUCGAUGAACAGCACCGUAUGCGAGAUGCCGCUUCCCCGUCCAAUAUUCCCGGAACUCCUGCGGAGAACAACAAACCCAUUGCUGAAGAAUACAAACUCGAUGCGAAGGCUACGGCCACGCUUCUGAAAUACCAAAAGACGAAUGCGCAGAAAAUGGAAAUUGAUUUCGAGCUUAACUCUCUGGGUUGCUAUAUCUGCCAAGAGAACUUUGAUACAAUUGAGAAGUAUGAGGAGCAUGUGGAGGACCAUGGCGAUGAGUCUGAUUUUAAGUCCCUCAAAAAGAUGCAAAAGUUUUCCUCGCCUAUGGUGACCCUCUGUUAUCAAACCUGCGUGGACAGUCACUACUUUGGAUUUACCUUAAAGACCGACCACAAGGAUUUGGUGGUGGACAAGUUCAUAAUAGUGCAGUCGCGUCAGUUCUACUACGUAUACAAUGCGCGUAUGCCGCUAAAGGUGCCGACGAGCGGAGAACUCGUCUUCUUUGUGGACUCGCACGUCUUUAUGAUCCUCCGGGAGCAGCCUAUUGUGAUCGGGUUCACCAGCCAGGGACAAAGCUAUGUGGAGCAGCACCACUUUAUGCGAACGGAGGCGCUGCCCAAGGCCAGCUUCAACAUCAAUCCGUACCGGCUGUCCAACCACGAGACCUUUAAGAGUCAAGGUCUUCCGCCAGCCACUCCGCCCACACAGGUGGUGAGUGCCCUUAAGCACGAGGAUGCCCAGGUUCGGCUGGCGGACUUGGACAAGCACUAUCGCAACUACUGUGAGAGAGGCAGGGAGAUCACCCAGGAGAACUUAAGCGGGGCACUGCGCACCCUGCUCCAGGUGGAGGACAUAGAACGGCUGCAGCACUAUUUGGCCCUUAAGCAGUCCAAAAUGGAGCUGCACCAGUUCGGACGCGAACUCUCGGUGAAGAUGAAGCUGGGCGUCACCAAUAUGAGCGUGGAGGAUGUACUUUCUCCUUACGACGAUGUGCUGAUCAUUAACGAACGGGGAAAUCCGGAUUCGGGUGUACGGCGUCUGCUUGAAAACACCAACCAGGUGCUGGAACUGGCCCUCAAGGAUUUCGACUCCAUCGUGCAGUGGGCUCGCGAGGUGGACGGUAAAUUCGGAUCGCUGGACAAGCAGCCACGCGUCUAUUUUGCCCGCGUCCUUGGUGUCUCCACCCAAAGAGUGAACAUCACAUGUGAACGACAGCUGCCGGAUAAUACCACCUAUACCCUCAUCUUUCGACCGCUUCGGGCAGUGAUGCGUUACCAGUAUCGGGCACUUCAGCAGCUCGAUCUCACCAGGGCCUCCGAUGUGCAGAGGAUCCUUUUUCCCGGUGAAAUUCCCCGCGAGCCGGUUGCCCAUGGCAUCUUGGAACUGAACAAUCGGCGAAUAUCCAGCAAUCCGGAGCAGAUGCAGGCGGUGCAGCAGAUAGCACUGAGCAAGAAGCUACCAGCACCCUAUAUCGUGAUUGGACCACCGGGAACGGGCAAGACGGCGACCAUUUGCGAGGCCAUUUACCAGUUGUAUGUGCGCCGACCGGAAACGCACAUCCUGGUGCUGUCUGGUUCGAACACGGCCUGCGACGAAGUGGCACUGCGAUUGCUCCGGGCCAUCGCAAAGGCUCCGGAGAGCCAGCCGCGACCACUCACCCGUGUCUUUUCCGCAAGCUGCGACCGUCGCAUCGACAACAUCGACGAUUUGCUGCUGGAGUACUCCAAUAUGUACGGCGUACACUUUUAUCCAGCCGUUCAGGCGGUGCACCAGUAUCGUAUUGUGGUCUGCACCUUAAGUUUGGCCGGAAAGCUAUCUACUGGGGGAUUCGCCAAAGGAGAUGUCUUUUCGCAUGUUUUCGUAGACGAGGCGGCCGCUUCCACGGAGGCGGAGGCUUUGAUGGGCAUAACCUGCACCAUAUCGCCGACGUCUAAUUUAAUCUUGUCCGGGGAUCAUAAGCAACUGGGACCGGUGCUGCAGUCGCAGCGCGCCAACGAAUGGGGUCUGGGAUUGUCACUUUUUGAAAGACUUCUGCAGAGGAAGUGUUACCAGUUGGACGAAGACGGUAGCUACAAUAUGGCCGUGCAGUCGCGACUCAUACGCAACUAUCGGUCUCACCCGGAGAUCGUUUCACUGUACAGUGAUCUCUACUACGGCGGAACACUAAAGGCUCAUGCUCCCAUGGAAAGUGUUUGCCGUUUUCAAAACUGGUUUCACACGCCAAAUUCUGAUUUUCCCAUUUUGUUCCAUUCGGUCUUUGGGACUGUAAUGAACACCAAGAGCUCUGUAAGUCUGUGCAACAAUAAGGAGAUCGACGCUGUAAUGGACUACAUCAAAGACCUUAUGUAUUUCGGCCUCAAUGGUGAGAAGGUGUUGCAGACGGAUAUCGGGAUCAUUUCGCCGUACAAGAACCAGUAUCAACGCAUCCAGGAGCAGCUGAACAUGCGCAAAUGGUCGCAGAUAGAUUGUGGAUCUGUUGAGCUAUUUCAGGGCAAAGAGAAGCAGGUGAUAAUCGUGUCCUUCGUGCGCUCCUUUACUCCAAAGCUGGGCUUCUUGAACAAUGAACGGCGCUUGAAUGUACUACUUUCCCGUCCGAAGUCCCUGCUUAUUCUGAUUGGUAAUCCGCGAACUCUUAGCCAGAACAACGACUUCCGGCGGAUAAUCGAGAUGUGUCGUGACCGCAAAACGCUGGUUGGAGUUCCGUACUAUCAAGAAGAUGACAAACAGAACAAACAGAAGGGGCAGAAGACCGCCCAAGAUGAAACUGCUGUAGACCAGCCGGCACCCGGUUUGGGCCAGCCCCUAAAACGAACUUCCAACUCCAAGAAUCCAGCUCAGGCGGUUAAGCUGUUUUACAACAAAGAGGACCUGCUCAAAUUGGGAAAAGAGUACAAGGCCCAUAAAUCUGAGCUAGACAAGAUCUUUGACGAGUUGCCGAAGGUUCCACGCUAUGUGGACAAGAAUUCCGACUCGGUUAAAUUGAUUGAUAAUCAACUAAAGGAUUUGAAAUUGGAAAACAACAAAGAUACAGUUAAGCCUACGCUUGCUUCUCGUCCAGCUGUUCCACCUUUGACUGUAACUCCAAGAGCUUCUGUCAUGGCAGCAACUCCAAAACCAGCUCCACGGUCUUUGGAAAGCCCGAUCCCUAUGUCUUACGGAAAUCCGGUAUCAAAGCGUCCGGAACCCAAGGCCUCAGAACCUCUCCCCAUACGGACAUUUAGUCGUGGGCAAUUCUAUAUCAAUGGAGUGCCUUGCGGUAUUGAAGUGCCUCAAAAUCCCAGCGCACCGCCAUUGUCACCGCCCACAACAACCAGAUCUUCGACUUACCAACACAUUCCCAGCGGUAAUUUGCGGUUUAACAAUAUACGCCCCACGCCCGAAGAAUACAAUCGUCAGCCCCCGUUUAACGAGCAGCAUCGUAGAUCGACCUUUCGCGAGCCCCACGGAAACUGGAACAGUUUCGGGUGGCCGCCACGGAACCCUCCUACGCCCCCACCAAAGGAAAAGAAGUCAACAUGCGUUAUUUCGUAAUUGUAGCUUCUGCGGAGGCUACCUCCAAUCUAUGGGGACGGUGCGGUCGCUUGGCGUAACAAGUGACCGUGUAGUCCUCUUUUUGACUUUGCUAUUGGCAUUUGUGCGAUCUAAGAUCGUCCAUGCGCCAAGUAGCAAAACAACUUACCACAUAGACCUGCACCUGAUGUGCGCACUUCCGAAAAUCAGGGCCAAAAGAAUGGGGCCCCUUGAACACCAAGGUGGCCGUAAUCUUUUGCCCUGCUUUUUCCCUCUGGAUCGCAUUAAAUGCAAAUUUAAUUGAUUUCAACAAUGACAUGGGCUCUCAAAGUGAACACUUUUUGGUUGCAAAGGGUCAUGGUUUUUGAUUUAUAGUAUGGACCCCAUUCCAUAAUAUAAAUCGCAAAUCUUGCACGCCAUUCAAUCUUUAAGUUUGAUCUUGGGUGUUUUAAACUGCAUAAUUAUUAUAUUUAGAGUACGUGGGAUCGGUAUUAAACUAGUCCUUCUGCCCACACAAAAAUAAAUAUUCCGCACAAUUGUAACCGUAACUGUUCCAUAUCUAUAAAUUGUAAAGGCUUGUCCAGUCUGGUUACUACAAUGUAUCAGGGAUCAUAUAAAUUGCAGAAAAAAUGAUUCCAUGUAAUUAUGAAAUGACAUUUGAUUUUAAUAAACAUUUCAAAUUAUAAGCUA